AUGACAAAUUCGUGGGAAACCAAGGCUGAGAUAUGCCGCAAGAUUCUCACGGACUCCCUGAACCAGGAAUGGCUUCUUCCACAAGCACAAUUACCUCCUCAGUCCACCACAAAUAUCAUGACGUUUCCUGACACUUGUGGGAAGCUAACUGAUCGCGAGACGGCCAUCACCAAGUUGACAGCAGAAGGUCUAACAAAGAGAAUGGGGACUGGCGAAAUGACUGCUACUGAGGUAGUAAUCGCCUUCCUCAAACGCGGCCACAUCGUUCACCAGCUAUGCAACUUUGCGACCGAGUUUUUGGUCAAAGAGGCACUUGAGCAGGCAGCAAAGCUCGACAAGCAUUUCGAAGCCACGGGAAAGCUAGUUGGACCACUACAUGGUGUGCCGAUCUCUGUGAAGGAGCACUUUGGUUUCAAGGGCAAGGUGUGCCAUUCUGCCUACGUCUGCUUCAUUGACCACAUUCCAAGCGAAGACGCCUUGAUCUUGAGAAUACUCCGCGACGCAGGCGCGGUGCUCCACGUCAGAACAAAUGAGCCUCAGAUUUUAAUGUCUGGCGAAACCGACAAUCCUAUCUAUGGCGUAUCGGUUAAUCCCUUUAAUCGAAACCUCACACCCGGAGGGUCUAGUGGUGGUGAAGGCAUUGCCGUCGGCACGCACUGCUCAGUGAUUGGCCUAGGAACAGAUAUUGGAGGCUCUGUCCGUGUGCCGGCCGCGUUUUGCGGAGCGUACGGUCUGCGCACGACCGCGCUACGAAAUCCCUACAAGGGGAUUUUCUUCCAGCCUGACGGACAGGAAAGUAUUCGAUGCAUCGCUGGGCCUUUGGCAAACAGCCUUGAAGACAUCGACUUGUUUGAGAGCGUUGUCUUAGGCAGUGAACCAUGGGACGAAGAAACCAGUUUGGUACCUCUUCCAUGGAAGAAUGUGGCGCCACCGAGUGUCAAUGAUCUCACUGUGGGUGUCAUCUGGGAAGACGGAACAGCUGUCUCAAAACUCCAAAAUGCCGGGGUAAAGGUGGUAGAUUUCGAGCCAUUUGAGCAUUCAAUGAUCGUGGAUGUCGCAAAAAAACUCUUCUUCGCCGAUGCCGGGCAGUCACAGAAAGAAAUGCUCGCUGAUGGAGGAGAGCCAAUCGUGGCCCUGACACAAUUUGCCUUUGAUUUCGCCGUGCAAGAGCCCAUGACUGUCAGAGACAACUGGGCUCUGAACGAUAAGCGGGAGGGGUAUCGAGAAACAUACCAUCGUCUAAUGAAAGAACGCGGGGUCGAUGUCAUUCUGUCGGCUGCAUACCCUGGUCCUCCGGCAGAGUUGGGAACAUUUCAUUACUGGGCCUACACAACGGUUUGGAAUCUCCUAGACCAGCCAGCAAUCACAUUCCCAACUGGCUUGAGUGUCGACCAAGACCUGGAUAAGCCCUUUGAGAACUUCACCCCACGGUCGGACGUGGAGAAGAAGGAGUUUUACAAAUGUCAGAUUCACCCCUUCAGUGUUGUGCAACCAGACGGCUAA